CAACCUACGGCCUCUUUGCCGCACAGCUUUACAGCUGAAAGCACGCAAGGAGUUGGAGAGGAUAGAGUCGGCCUGGGGCCCAGAACCUGAGAGGGAUGGACAUGAACACCAUGCUAUCUCUUUUGAUAGCAAUCAUCGCGCUAAAUCUUUUGACAGCAAUGGUUACCGGGGUGUACCUACUAGCACUUAUACAAGUACUACAAUUUGUACUAGUACUGGUAUCAGUAUUAUUAGAAUGCCUGCCAGGGGACAAGGAGGUUAUUAAAAGGCGGAGAAGAUCUAGAGAACGACUGGAAGAACUCGAACAGGCAAUGAGAAGGCUGGAGAUUAUUAUAGGUGAUGCACUCAGUGUAGUAUGUGUAGUAUGUGUAAUGCUACUGCUAACAUGCCUGGUAGUAAAAUACCUGGACCAUGAGAGGAUAGAGUCGAACUGGGACCUAGAACCUGAAUGGGAUGGACAUCAUCAUCGAGCUAUUUCUUUUUCGAGAUAUAACAUAUAUAUCGACGAAUGUGCAACUGCCACAGUCACAGACAACUGCCACAAUGAUGCAACCUGCACUAUCACAGACGGCAGUUUUACCUGUUCUUGUGACGCUGGUUGGGGUGGCUGUACAUGUAAUCCUGAACAAUUGGAAAAUCUCCAGAUUACCUUUCGAUGCCACCCAGUAUCUGCUUGAAGCACAACAGCAAGUUGUCAUAGCCACAACACAUUUGAAUAAAGGAGACACAUCCGAAGGUUUGUAAGCUGAGUUGGAGCAGGGGUCAGGGGUACUUUAUAAUCAUUGUCACCAGAACUGUGUAAGUUAGCCCAGAUGUGUACUCCCUGAAAUUUGGUGGGACGUAACAGUUGUAAUGCACUCAGUCAUUUCAUUUUCUAUGAUUCUGCGACAUUAUGGUGCACCUGUUUACCAAUUUAGAAAUCUGCACAUCAGAGGUAAUAAUGAAUAUUUCUCUCUCACUAUCUCCAGUUGCAGUUUUCCCCACAAGAUCUUGGCGAUGAUCUGGCUUGGACAGAUUCUGAAGUACUUCUUGAUUCAGAACCUACGACUGAUGCUGAUGCUGGUCCUUGUACUCUACAGAGUGUCAGAUACCAUAGCCCAAACAUCCUGACUGUGGACCUCUUAACCUACGGUAAACAGAUCAACGGGUUUACUAUAUACUAGUAAGCCUGUAAGGUCGUGUUUAAGUGGAAUCACCCAA